AUGGAUGCGGAGGAUUCGAAGAAUGGAAAGAAACAAGAAAUAGAUAUUCUUAGAUCUUGUGACGAUAGAGCCUCGCAUGUCAUCCUUAUGAAAAAGAAGCAUAUCAAGCAUCUUUCAACUACGUAUUAUUCAGAGACGUCCACUUCAAAUACAGCAGACUCUGUCCUGCAGAUCCAAUGAACGUAUAAACAUAAUGUGAGGACGCUAAGCCCGUAAAGUAAUUGCGAAAAUUAUAUUAUGAGACUGACCUUACCAGACACAUUUUUGUCGAAAAUGAUCUGUCUUCCCAAUCACGUGACUGAACGAACACGAAGAGAAUUGACCUAUAAAAUUGAUACUGCAGAAAAUUUCUCCACUUUCAUAUGUUCUUAUUUUUCCAUAGUAGUCUGCCGGUUUACUUAUGCAGUACAAUAGUACUCUCAUAAUUGACUACACUUUUGACCCUAUAAGCGUCUGUCGCUUAUCCCUAAUAUAAAGAAUAAUAUCUUUAUAAGAAAAACAUUUUUCGCAGUGGGAAUCUUCAUGCAAUUAAUUUAAAAAGUGUAUGAUAUUAUAAGCAUAUCAUUUCUUCCAGUGAAUUGUUUCCCAACGAAUAGAACAAUAUCAGAGGUGACAAAAUCCUUUUGGGAUGUACUUCAGCAAGUAUGCUUU